AUGGUCAAGAAGUCCCUCGUUGCUGGGCUGGUGGUCUUACUGGUGGCUGCAGUGGGGUUUUUCUUGGGCGUUUAUUUGGGGGUGGGGAACAAGCGGCCCACUGGUCCCACUGAUCACUUCUACUCCAAGGCAGCAGUGGCCGCAGACGCGGGGAAGUGCUCGGAGAUCGGGAGGGACAUCCUGAAGCGUAACGGCUCAGCGGUGGAUGCCUCUAUUGCUGCCCUGCUCUGUGUAGGACUUCUGAAUGCACACAGCAUGGGAAUCGGAGGCGGGCUCUUCUUCACCAUUUACAAUGCAUCCACAGGAAAGGUGGAGACCAUUGAUGCAAGGGAGACUGCACCCAUGAAUGCAACAGAGGACAUGUUUGGUAACAACACCCAGCUGUCUCGCAAAGGUGGACUGUCCAUCGCCAUACCUGGAGAGAUCCGGGGCUAUGAGAUGGCCCACCGGCGGCAUGGCCGGCUGCCCUGGCGGGAGCUGUUUGAGCCAAGCAUCAUGUUGGCACGCUAUGGCUUCCCUGUGGGCAAGGCCCUGGCCAACGCCAUCAACAAGAACAGUGAAUCCAUUCUCAGUGAUGUGGCCUUGUGCGAAGUGUUUUGUGACUCAUCAAAAAACCUCCUGAAGGAAAAUGAUAUUAUUAAAUUUCCAAAGCUCGCCGACACCUACGAAAGAAUAGCUGAGGAGGGGCCCGAUGUCUUCUACAACGGCUCGAUGGCUCAGAGCAUAGUGGAUGACAUCCAGGCAGCAGGUGGGGUAAUCACUCUGGAGGAUCUGCUGGAGUACACACCGGUGCUGAAUGAGAGUCCCCUGAGGCUAAACGUGGGCGAGUACACCAUGCACGUUCCCGACGCCCCCUCCAGUGGGCCUGUGCUGGCCCUUAUACUCAACAUCGUAGAUGGCUACAACUUCUCAGAUAUGAGUGUUUCCACAUCUGAGAAGAAAACUCUAACUUACCACCGCAUUGUGGAGGCCUUCCGUUUUGCCUAUGCCAAAAGAAGCAGGCUUGGAGAUCCACGCUACCUCAAUAUCACUGACCUUAUCCAUAACAUGACCUCAGACUACUUUGCAGACGGGAUCAGGAACAAAAUCACAGAUGACACCACUCACCCCGACAGCUACUAUGAGCCUGAAUACUUUGUCCCUGACAACCAUGGGACAGCCCACCUCUCUGUCAUUGCUGAGGAUGGGAGUGCUGUAGCAGCCACCAGCACCAUCAACCUAUACUUUGGCUCCAAGGUUAUGUCCCGCUCGACUGGCAUCAUCUUCAACGAUGAGAUGGAUGACUUCAGCUCUCCGUACAUGACAAACGGCUUUGGUGUGCCUCCCUCUCCCAGUAACUUCAUUCAGCCAGGCAAAAGGCCUUUGUCUUCAAUGUGUCCCACAAUCAUCUUUGACAAAUACAACAGAGUCAAAAUGGUGGUCGGAGCUUCUGGUGGGACAAAGAUCACCACAGCAACAGCCCUGGUAAUUCUGAACUCUUUGUUUUUUAACUAUGACCUGAAAAAAUCGGUUACCGAGCCAAGAGUUCACAAUCAGCUCAACCCCAAUAUGACAGUUGUGGAGCAGAACUUUGAGAAGAGUGUUCUUGAUGGACUGGCCCAGAAGAACCAUGUUACCGAGUUGCUCAGGACCCCGGGGGCAGUGGUCCAGGCGGUGGUGCGGCAGGGAGACCGGAUCUGUGCCGAGUCCGACCCGAGGAAAGGUGGCUAUCCGGCCGGGUACUGAUUCGGUACUCCUCCCCUCCUUGUCACUUUUUCCCUGUGGAGCUUACCAUCACAAGGCCUUGUCCUGCAUCUCAGCAGAGGAGAAGAAAGAAAGAAAAAUGUACACAACACUGGAAUUUGGGCCAGAGUCGAGAUUACCAAACACCUUCAGGAGAGGAUGAUGAAUCAGCCUUUUUUACUCUUCAUCUCCAUCAGCAAGCCUUCUCAUCAUUUAAACCUAACUUGUUUUGCUCCAAAUGUUGGGAAAUCAGUGAUGGUCUUUGCAGGAAUAAGCUGUUCUUCUUUGUAUUUAUUAAUUUAUUUUCAAUUUAUUUUGUUUUGUUUUUAUUUUUUCCUCCUAUAUUGAUAAAUAUUUAUCAAUAACUUUAGUGACAUGUAUUUAUGACAUUGUGUUUUGAAAAGAGGUGAAGUACUGGAUGAACUGAGAGUGGAGUAGUGAACGUCCUCCGUGACUGACGUGGUAGGAAGACCCUUGUUUGUCUUUGUGGGUGAAUGUGACGAUCAACAUAGAACCGCGAUGUGACCCUCAACAUUAAAUCAUUGUGAGACAGCAUCAGUACAUUUAGAGUACACAAACAAGAAAACAGUACAGACUAUUUAUUACCUGCCUCCUUGAAACUACAAGAUGUUCUUGCAGAACUUUCAAAAUGGUUUGAAUUAUUAACUAUUCAUUAUUCAUGGUUUAUCCACAGUUAAAUGUUGAAUAAGUGAAUUACUGUAAAUGGUUUGCACAGAAGUUAAUGUUCAAAAUAGGGCUCUUCGCUGUUUUUGAAUACAUACACAUAUUUUUUGUACAGAUUCUGGGUUUUUAAUGAAAACAAAUGCAACUUUUCUGUUUUGAGUUUGAAUUUCUUCUCACUUGGACACCUCAC